CCUCAGCGACUCCAGAGCGCCGCGCCCCAGAGACGCGUACCGACAGAAACAAACGGUUGCAGAAAGACAGUGACCAAAAUCCCUCUAACGUAGAAAAACUUCUAGUUCCCCGCCUGUCCCAGAGUAUCUGUCCACUCCAACCGCACAACUAGACCCACAUAAGCGUGUGUGAUGAACGGAGACUCAGGUGCAGGGGUGGUGACGGCCCCCCCGCCCACCAAUCCCCCUCAUAAGGAGCGUUAUUUCGACCGCGUGGACGAGAGCAGCCCGGAGUACCAGAGAGAGAGGAACAUGGCGCCGGAUCUGAGGCAGGACUUCAACAUGAUGGAGCAGCGCAAGAGAGUCUCCAUGAUCCUGCAGAGUCCAGCGUUCUGCGAUGAGCUGGAGUCUCUGAUCCAAGAUCAGAUGAAGAAGGGGAAAACCCCCACCAGUUUACUAGCACUGCAGCAGAUCGCGGACUUCAUGACCACCAGCGUCCCCACUGUGUACCCCGCCGCCCCACAGGGAGGAAUGGCCGCCCUCAACAUGAGUUUGGGGAUGGUGACUCCAGUGAAUGAUCUGAGAGGUUCAGACUCCAUCGCUUAUGAGAAAGGAGAGAAGCUCUUGCGCUGUAAACUUGCUGCGUUUUACCGCCUGGCCGACCUCUUUGGCUGGUCUCAGCUCAUCUACAACCACCUGACGAUCCGGCUGAACUCUGAACAGGAGCGUUUUCUGAUUGUCCCUUUCGGGCUUCUGUACAGUGAAGUCACUGCCUCCAGUUUGGUCAAGAUUAACCUUCAGGGGGAGAUCGUAGACAGAGGCAGCACUAAUCUGGGUGUAAAUCAGGCUGGAUUCACCCUUCACUCUGCCAUCUACGCUGCCCGACCGGACGUCAAGUGCAUAGUGCACAUUCACACGCCCGCCGGCGCCGCGGUGUCUGCCAUGAAGUGUGGUCUGCUGCCCAUUUCACCCGAGGCUCUGUCGCUGGGCGAGGUGGCGUACCACGAUUACCACGGUAUCCUUGUGGACGAGGAGGAGAGCGUCCUCAUACAGAAGAACCUGGGUCCCAAGAGCAAGGUGUUGAUUUUGAGGAAUCACGGUCUGGUGUCUGUUGGAGAAACAGUCGAAGAGGCGUUUUAUUACAUUCACAACCUGGUCACAGCCUGUGAGAUUCAGGUGCGCACCCUGGCCAGUGCAGGGGGUCCUGACAACCUGGUUAUGUUGGACCCAAGCAAGUAUAAAUCCCGCCCACGCCACCUCGAGCCGGCUGGAGACGGGUCGAGCUCGCACCCGAAGUGGCAGAUCGGGGAGCAGGAGUUUGAGGCUCUGAUGAGGAUGCUGGAUAAUCUGGGCUACAGGACUGGUUAUCCGUACCGUUGCCCGGCGCUGCGCGAUAAAGCUAAAAAGUACAGUGAUGUUGAGAUUCCCCCGUCAGCCACGGGCUACUCAUACGCUGAGGACAGUGACUCGGGUGCACGCUCCCCGUUAAAGCACAGCUUUCAGCGGCAGCAGCGGGACAAGACCCGCUGGCUAGCUGCCGGGCGGCCUGACGAAUCGGCAGAAGAGGGGCAGGACGGCAGCGGUAGCCCCAAGGCGAAGACUAAGGUGUGGACGAACAUAACACACGAUCACGUCAAACCCUUGCUGCAGUCUCUCUCGUCCGGUGUCUGCGUGCCAAGCUGUAUUACCAACUGCUUGUGGACUAAGGAGGACAGUCUCCGACAGGCAGCGGUGGCCAAUCAGUUUGUCCCGAUGAACACCAACCCCAAAGAAGUCCAAGAGAUGCGCAACAAGAUCCGUGAGCAGAAUCUGCAGGACAAAAAGACGGCAGGUCCACAGUCUCAGGUGCUCACAGGUGCCAUGGUGGACCGUUCAUAUGUCCAGAGAGUGACUAUAUGGCAUGACGCUCCUCUCUCUGACUGUACGGACUCUAUUGAUGGCAUUGACUCUUCAGAGAGCUUUAGUCCCUCUAGGUCUAUCCGAAAGGGGGAGCUAGUGACUGCAUCUAAAGCUAUCAUUGAGAAGGAGUACCAACCACGCGUCAUCGUCAGUAAAACUGGACCGAACCCUUUCAACAAGCUCACAGACCAGGAGCUGGACGAGUAUCGCAGGGAAGUGGAGCUCAAGCAGAAGGGCCCGGAAGCACAGGUUGAGGAGUCGUCCUCGGCCCCUGAAGAAGCCCAGACUCCAGACGUCACAUCCACGCAGGAACAUGAGGAUCCGCAGGCCGCCGUCGCCCCUCCACCCUCCACAAUCGAAUCGGGCCUCGCUUCGGGUCAGGACAGCCCGGAGGAUGCUCGGGAAUCCCCUCAUAAAGAGUUUCACUCCGCUGUGCUAAAAGCUCUGGGCUGUGACGCCGAGUCUGAUCGUGGCGGGCCGUCUGCAGGUCAGACACUGGAGAUUGAAGAAGGGAAAGUUCCCAGCACCACCUGCACUCCUCCCAGCUCACCUGUGCGUGUGGAGGAAGAGGCACAACAGGAACAAACGUUCAAAGACGAGAGUGACGCCGCCACUUUAAGACAGACCCUCCCUGAUCUGACCCCCGAUGAACCCUCAGAAGUCGCCGCCCUCCCCGCAGAAGACCCCGCCCUCCCCGCAGAAGACCCCGCCCCUGGACAGACUGACCCCGCCCCUCAGCCUGAGGGGGAGGAGCCUGUCGCAGGGGACGACGCGGCUGGUGAUCACGGCAGCGACGAAUCGCCCAACAAAUCCCCAUCGAAGAAAAAGAAGAAGUUUCGCACCCCGUCGUUCCUAAAGAAAAACAAAAAGAAGUCUGAAACCCAGUGAGGAAGCUUUGCUCCGGCGUUUCUGCAGUACAUUUUCUUUAAAGCGAUUUGCUUUUGUACUGUGUUCACAUUUAGUGUGCCGAUCUUUUUAUUAAAGCCUCAUAUUGUUUUAUUCUUUUAAUAAAUGCUGGCUGAAGUGCACUCUAUAGUGCAGCUCGUUAAGCAUGUUCCACACACAUCUGUUUUUAUGAAGAAAAUUGCAAUCUGAAAACCAAUAACCACUAUAAUGUAUCGGAAAUGUAUCUGAUGUAAUUGUUAGAGGAAAUUAAUUAAUGAAAAGAGUUCCUUCUGGUGUUCGAUGGAAAUCUUUGCUCUGCUGCAUGUUUAUGAUUUUUAAAAUCAUAUCUAUAAACAUCUUAAAAAAUAGAAAUAACCUGGAGUGAAAUAAUCGUAACAUCUCAUCUGGCCAGAGUGUAAUAUAAGCUCACGAUAAUAUUCUGACCAGCGCAAGAUUUGUUUUCGGAUGGAAGUUUUUAAAAUGGGUGAAUCUCACAAAACCUGUUUAUUACACAUUUCACCCCGAAGUCAAAGCAAAGAAGUCUUUUUUUUUUUUUUUUUAAUGAAAUGAAGCCUUUAUUGUGAUAUUUUCAUAAAAAACAAGCACACUUUCCUCCCAAUUCUCUGCUAAAUACAUGUUUUUUAGCACGAAUUCUAGGAGAAGCAAUGCAAAAUCUCUCUGAUUUCACACGUCAUUUUCUUAACGAAAAUAAUUAAAUGAAAUUAUUUUUUUGUGAGAUUCGCCUGUAUCUGUAUCUAAACGUCUUCUGUUGUAAUGUACUAAACACAAACCGCUUUCCCUUCAUGUAAAUGUUGUUUUAAAACUAGCUGUGAGUUUUACCCUGCAGUAAUAUGAAUCACUAAUGUUUGCUUUUGCUUUUAUAUAUAUGUAGUUAUUUUUUAGCUCUAGGUUGUUUAGUUUCAUUCAAACACAUCAGUAACUUGAUGACACUGUUGUAAAUGACACUAUUAAACAUCCUGUGUAGUUCCUCACAGACUCUGUUAUUGAAGUUGCAGACCGCCGCUGUUAUUGAUUAUAUGUGUGUUUUUAGGUUGUUUUACAGACUUGUGGUGUGUUUUCAUACAGAUGCUCACAAACACACACUCCUCCGUGUGUGUUCAUUUAGAAACACUGAGAAUAUUCACUAAACUAUCCUGAAUAACCACAAAGAAAUGUGCUUCAAAAUUAAUGUCUGGAUGAAUCCCACAAAGAAACAUACAAUUCAUAAUUCAACACAAAUCUAGAGGAAAAACAUGAGGCUUGCAUAAAAAUAAAACAAGGACCCUUUAUUUUUGCAUAUAUGUAAUUUUCUUAUUACUGUAAUAUAGUAACGGAAAUUGUUUAUUAAAGCAUACAUUUUAGUGCAAUAAAUAAAUAUUGUAUAUAUAUAUAUAUAUAUAUAUAUAUAUAUAUAUAUAUGCAAAAAUAUAUACCUUUUCUGCAUUUCAGUAAUGGGAAUAUUUAUUAUUAUUUUUUUAUUAUUAUUAUUUUGAUUGACAUUUUAUUCCAGAUUUAAAUAUUCCCAAUUUUCUAUUUAAAAUUGUCUAUUUUUAGGACCCUUAAGUUUCAUACAAACUAAUAAAAAUAUAUUUUUCAUUAUGGUAAACAUAUUUUGGAGGGAAAAUAUGCAAAUUAAAUAGGUUUUCAAAUUAGGAUUGAUUUUCAUUCUUUUGAUUUGCCGUUGAAUUAUGACUUGUACGUUUCCUUACAGAUUUCGAGAGAUUCAUCUGUUGUUGAAUGACUAACCUGUGCAGUAUAUUAUCUCUUUAAUAUGAUUGUAACAAAUUGCUCUUGAGUGUAACACACACAGAAAGACAGAAAGGAGUGAAAUACUAACCGAAUCUUUCAUUUUUGUUGCUGCAAAUAGCUUUUGGCUUGUACAUAUAGGAAUUCUGGACCAAUGUGAAGCUGACAGUGCAGUUUGAGUCUGGUUUAGACACUAGAGAGUCGUUUGCUGAAGGACUGCAUGGCAUUAUGGGCUUCUAGCUUGUGUUGUUAGUCCUUUGCACAGCUGUUCUUCAUUUUAGUUUCUGUUGAAUGCUGUUCUUUUUUUUUUUCUUCCAGAAUAAUUGUAUGUAAAAACACAAUUCGCUUUAUCAUGGUAAUGUAUAUUUGGCAACCAUGAAUAAAACUCCAUCUUUAAAAUCA